UUGUAUGAGUAAACAUCCUUCCAAUAACGAUCAGACCGAUAAUGUCUUAAAAAGAGAAACAGGAUCUACAUUUUGGCUUUCUCCUUCUUGUAUGGACUAUUUCUGGACACAGAACCUUCAGGUAACAUGUUGACUGUCCAUAAAAUGCAUUUUAGCAUCUUCCUGCUGUUCUGGGGAUGGGUUUUAUCCACUGAAUGCAGAGUCCACCGACAAGGAAAAGAGAUACACGAGGUAUACAAAAAAGGCAGCCGACUCCAGCGGCAGAGACGAGAAGCCCACGGCGAGGCACACAAGCAGGGCAGUAGUCCUAUCCUAAAGCGAAGCCCUGACAUCACCAAAUCUCCACUGACAAAGUCAGAACAGCUGCUGCGAAUAGAUGACCAUGACUUCAGCAUGAGACCAGGUUUUGGAGGCCCUGCAAUUCCUGUAGGGGUGGAUGUCCAAGUUGAAAGUCUGGACAGCAUUUCUGAGGUGGAUAUGGACUUCACCAUGACACUUUAUCUGAGGCACUACUGGAAAGAUGAGAGAUUGUCUUUCCCCAGCACCAACAACCAAAGCAUGACAUUUGACGGCAGGCUGGUGAAGAAGAUCUGGGUCCCUGACAUGUUCUUUGUCCACUCCAAACGUUCCUUCAUCCAUGACACCACCACUGACAAUGUCAUGCUGCGGGUCCAGCCAGAUGGGAAGGUACUUUAUAGCCUCAGGGUUACAGUAACAGCGAUGUGCAACAUGGAUUUUAGUCGCUUUCCCCUGGACACACAGACGUGCUCCCUGGAGAUUGAAAGCUAUGCUUACACAGAAGAUGACCUCAUGCUCUACUGGAAGAAUGGAAAUGAUUCCCUAAAAACGGAUGAGAGGAUAUCGCUGUCCCAGUUCCUGAUACAGGAGUUCCACACUACCACAAAACUUGCCUUUUAUAGCAGCACAGGAUGGUACAAUCGCCUCUACAUCAACUUCACCUUGCGUCGACACAUCUUCUUCUUCUUGCUCCAAACCUAUUUCCCCGCCACUCUCAUGGUUAUGCUGUCCUGGGUGUCUUUCUGGAUUGACCGUCGAGCAGUUCCUGCCAGAGUCCCUUUAGGGAUCACCACUGUGCUGACCAUGUCUACGAUCAUCACUGGGGUGAACGCCUCCAUGCCCCGCGUUUCCUACAUCAAAGCAGUGGACAUUUACCUGUGGGUCAGUUUUGUGUUCGUCUUCCUCUCAGUGCUGGAAUAUGCAGCAGUGAAUUACCUGACCACAGUGCAAGAGAGAAAGGAGAGGAAACUCCGGGAUAAGCUCCCCUGUGCGUGCAGCCUUCCUCAGCCCCGGCCCAUGAUGAUGGACGGCAGCUACAACGACGGUGACGUGAAUGAGUUGGGGCACUACGUGUCCGAGAACGGAGACAAGCAGGACAGAAUGAUGGUGCAGCUGGCACUGGGGUCUGAGAGGGGCUCGGGCAGGAGGAAAAACCAGAGAUACGUCAGCAUGCGGAUCGACACCCACGCCAUCGACAAGUACUCCAGGAUAAUUUUCCCUGGCGCAUACAUUCUAUUUAACUUGAUAUACUGGUCCAUUUUUUCAUAAACAUACGUAACUUCUGUAGUCACAGUGUAUUGCGGCAGGAUAUCAGAGUACUGUCUCAUAGGCUAACAAAAUGAACAUAGAGAAUUAAUUUGAAGAUUGAUUUUUUUUCAGGAUUUCAAUUUAUUUUUUACUAGGUGCAACUCAUCCGUGGCAUAAAUAACUGUGCAAAUUUCACGUUUCAAAUAAAUAUAGGAUAUACAAUCUAAAACUUCAUACAUAUUUAAAGCUGUGCUAUGCUCCUUCUUGUGCCUCACAGGCCACUGUAAUCUACUUCAAUGAGUGACACUAAUUGCCAGCUGCUUAUAUAUGGCACAAUUUCCAUUUCGUGACCCCAAAUCCCAGUUCUCUCAGUGUUUGAGCCCAUGCCUGCAUCUCUGAACUCAGCAGACAGACAGCAUUUAGCACCGAUAAGUACAAAAGAUAUGCAAACACUUGUGUGCUUGCAGGAUGAGGUCAGAAGCAGCUUUUGCAAAAAAAGAAUGUCCAAUAGUGGGAAACACUUCAGCAAAACUAUUGAUGGCCAAAGGCGGCUUUCACUGCUCCAUGCACACUGUGCUGGCAGUGCUGCACUGACAGAUCCAAGCAGCAAUACCUUUCACACUUGUGCUGUCUCAAUUGUACUUAAAAACAAUGAAGUAUUUCCAAGCUGUAUUGAUUAACCUUUUAAAACAUAACUUGCAGUGUACAUUUACCAAGGAAUCCAUCAGUCUGAACAAAAGUUGGACUUUCCAUGAUGCCAAAUCCUCUGGGAAACACAGGACCUCUCCUUGGAGCUGCUUAUUUGGGUCAAUGGGAGUUUUGCUUGAGUUUCCUAGGAGAGGGAAAAGAUUUCUCUACAGAGCAAUCCAGUGAAGACAAGUGGAUGUCUACAAAAAAGAAUACAAUCACUGUAGGAGAAGCCACUUCUUGCUGAGGCAGCCUUGGUGCUACUGGUUGGUACAGGAGAGCUCUCUGCAGCCUGAAUGCCAAGAACUGCUGCAGCUGGUGAAGUCCUGCCCCUGCCAAAGCCUUUGGUGAGUGCAGGCAGUUCCAGAAGAAGCCUGUUCUAUCCAUUUUUAAUGAAAGGCCAGCAGAAAAGUGUUCAGCAGGUGACGAAGCAGAUGCAGUGACUGCUAAUGUAAAAUUACCAUGCCAAAAGCUUUGGAAUGAAGUGGAAAGGAGUUCUGCCGACCCAGGUCCAAUUGAACAACUCUGCUUCUCCCUGGCACCUCACAGCCUUCCAGGUCCUCAGAGCAGGCACAGAACCAUCCAGGGCAGGACAAGAUGACAAGGCUGGCACAGGGGGCACUCAGUACUCACCUCAGUUCCUACU